CAACUUCAGAGAUUAUUGAGAAUUUUUUUUACCAAGAAUGGUGUUCUCAGGGAGGACACGUGGUCGCGGAUUUGGUGCAAAAGGCGGGGGCAUCCAUGCAACGACUAGAAAAUCGUCAUCAAGUGUCGACAGAUCACGCUAUCGAGAUCACGAGCAUUCAAUGUCACCACCGCGCAAAAGACCGACUUCUGUAGAAGACCGUCUUGGGGCCAAGUAUCCUGAUGAAAGUCCAGCACCCCAGGCAGAAUCUCUGAGAAUCACAGUCGGAAAUGACAUUUUUAACAAAGGAUCAGUGGGAAGUCCUCUUUCUGAUAGACUGGGUCCUCCAGUCCAACAGUAUCAAAACCCAGACAGUAUAUUUGAACAGGAAAGAAUGUAUUAUGGGGGAGGAGGCAGUGAAGAGAAAAGGGAGGAUAAAUAUAGAAGGGAUUCUCCAUCAAGGAGGUACCAGUCUGAUUCACGUGGGAGGAGAGAUGAUAGGGAUAGGGACAGAAGGAGAGACAGUAGCCGGGAGAGGAGGGAUAGGCGGGGGAGUGGUAGAGAUCAUCACGACGGAGGUCACGAUCGGAGGGACAACAGGAGGGACAGUCGGGAUUACCGUGACCGAAGGGAGGAAAGCCGUGAGCGGCAUCACAGCAGCAGCUACUCCAGUCACUAUGACAGGAGAGAUGAACCUCUUGAUAGAGACUACCGUGAUCCAUAUAAAGGUGAACUUGAUAAAAAGUAUGAUGAAAGAUUCAGUAUGGAAAGGUUGGAUCCGCAGUAUGAAGAUAGACUGAGACGUGAAAGUGACAUUUAUGAUGACUUAUCUCGUGAGAGGAGUCAGGAGGGACAGAAUCCUCCAGGGAAUUUUUACGGGAGGGGAAGCUUCGAGUCUCUGACACAGCCGGGGACGCAGUCGGGAUGGAGGAGUCCCCCAAAGUCUGAGCCAACACCACCCACAGCAAAACCACUGAAAUCUAUUCUUAAAAAGAAAACAGACAAUGUGGCACCUCCGGUGGUGCAACCAACUGAAAUGGGAGGAGGUUCCUUUGGACUGCCUGUAGAAAGUAGACUUGGGCCACAACUGGGGCAAGAGUAUAAUUCUGGAAGACCUUCGCUUGGACACUCCAUGGACAUUGAAGAUGAAGAGAGAUUUCUUUAUGGAGAACCAGAAAAGAAAGAAAUCCCUCCACCAUCAUCACAACCACCACCCUGGUCCCAGCCAUUUGUAGGAGAUCAUUUCCAGCCCCAGACAGGUGGUAGGCAGCAGAAUAAUACUUUCCCAAUUCUUAGUCAGAGGCAGUCACACUCCCCACCCCCAGCCUACAUCCCAGAGGAACCCCUGGAGUCGGAGAGACAAUAUGAUUCCUCCGAUCUCCUGAGCAUCUUCACGAAGAGGCCCCAGCCAAGAGUGAUGGAGGAAACACGCCCCCCACCAGCACAGCCACAACCUACACAGCCACCACCCAUGCAGCAGCCAACUUCUUUUGCAGAAAGUGUGAGUCAGGAAGUGAAACAGCAGAAAUAUGAUCCUACAAUUGAAAACAUUUUAAAAUCUAUCGGUUUUGAUUUUGAAAUGUCCAAACGAAUGCAGGAAAAGGCAGGAAGUGAGCCCAAAAAGGAGGAGCUCCCUCAACAGUAUGGAAUUAACCAGACAGCCUCAUUCCUUGGGGGAGGGUUGUCUACUGAGGAGAUUGGCUUAAAUCUCUUCCCCAAAAAGAAACCGUCAGUUGAAACUUCGUCAUCACUUGAAGAUAGAGACAAAGGAAAUGAAAGGGCACCUUAUGAUGGGAGACAAAAAGAAAGCUUCGUGGACCAGGUUCUGAGAAAAGAUGCAUUCAGUAAAAGGGAUUUGUAUCCUCCUCCCCCAGAAUCUUCCACACCACAACCUCCAGUCACCUAUGUUUCAAGUUAUGCUCCAUACUUGCAAGGAUAUGCUGCACCUACUUAUACUGGAUCUUUUAUGCCAACACAAUCUGAAGCUGCUAUUUAUUCUGCUCCCCCAGUUGUCGACCCCUAUAGAUAUCCUCCAGAGUAUUCAAUGGCACAGUCACAGCAUGCUCCACCCGAGAGAGCAUAUACAGCAGAAAGAGCAUACUCAGCAGAAAGAACUUACUCAGCAGAGAGCCAAAGGGAUGCCAGUAUAAGUCAGGUGUCCCCAGGGUUACCAAAGGCUCCAGAGAAAUCUGUAAGGGAAAAUCUGACUACCAUAACCUUAGAAGAAAAUCUCCCUAAACCUCAGAAAUCAGAGCCUUUAUCAAAGAAGAAAAAUGCUAGACCAAAUUUAAGAGAAAUUCCAAAGUCAUCUGAACCAAUAAGAAGAAUCCCUGAAACUCAAACAAAAUAUGAUAAAUCUCCUGUUUCAACAAACAGAACAGUUUUACCUCCCAAAAGUGAAAGUGCAAAGAUGCCUCCACAAGGAACCAAAAGGCCAGCAGAAAAAGAAAUGGACCAAUCUUUGAUAAAUAAAAAGAGACAGGCAGAAAAGCUAUUAAAAGACAAGGAGGAAAGACAGAAACGCAUCCAAGCUCUGGAAGAAGAGUUAAGAAAACUUCGACGACAGCAGAACGAGAUCAUGCGCAAAAAGCGUCGUCAAAAAGAUGGCCACAAGGACCCGAUUCUUCUACAGAACAGUAAAUUACAGGAGGAAAUCGCAAUGCAGAUCUCCAAGCUGAGGAAACUCAGUGAAGGAAAAAGUCCGGAGGAGAUCCAGCCACAGCAAAAGAAAAUCAAGGUGGAAAAAGAGCCAGAAAAGGUGAAAGAAGAUGUGGAAAUGGCAGAGGGAAGUGAAAGCAAAGACAGAUCUGGAACUCCAGCUAUAAAGGAGGAAGUCCCAGCACCAGCAGUUGUCAAACAGGAAGUUAAACCAGAGACGGCAGUGAAGCAGGAAGAGAAACCUAAACAGAUGUCUUUCCAAGUAAAAGGAGCUCAGAAAACCAAAUACGAGUUCUUUGAUCCCGGAAAACACUGGUGCAAGCUCUGUAAUACUGUAUAUGACACGGCCACACUGUUCCUAGAACACACCCACCUGCGUCACAACAAGAAGUGGAAAAACACAGACACGUAUGAUAGACCUUGGAUUCCAGAUCAGAUGAAGAAUCCCCCUCAAAAGAAGAAAGGACAGAAAGUAGAAGUGGUGGCUCUCAAGGGACCUGAGUUCCUAUUCCCCACAAAUGGCUUCUACUGCGUCCUGUGUCGGGAGUUCUCGGGGGAUGUACAAUGUGCAGACUUUCAUCUGAAAACUGAAACCCACCUUUCAAAUUACCAGAAAUUUCUGGUGGACAGUCCUUUUUAUGAACAAAGACGGCAACUGGAUCGUGCCAAGGGCCUGGCUGAGAAACAAGAAAAAAAUCUAAAGGAGAAAGGAUCUAGACCUUUGUUUGGAAGAAAUCCCUCUAAAGAGAAGGAAAUAAAAUCCACAGAAAAAGCUCCGUCCAUCAACAUCGAGCAAUCCGAAAAAGAAGUGGAGGAGCUAUCGGAUGUUCAAAGCAACUCUCAGUCCAGUGCAGCAAAAAUAGCCAAAGUGAAACUGUCCUUAAAGAAACCCCCUAUUGCAAACCCCACACCCAAGCCAGAACCAGAGCCUCUUCCUACAAAGAUGGAAACAGAAGCCCCUCCAACACUGCAGACUCAGAACUCAGUGGAAGAAGCAGAGAAAAAGGCAAAUGGUGAGAAAAAGGAAGACGGAAAGAAAGGAAUAGAAAUUAAAAUCGCAAAUAAGAUUGGAAUUGUCGGGAAAGUCCCAGCAAAAAAGAAUGCCCUCCUUCCUCCCUGGACCCCUGUCACCAGACAAGAUCCUCUGAAGGCUGUUCCUGCAGCGGAGGCAGAAAAAAAUAAAUCAGCAAUGGAGAAGAAACAGGUGACAGCACAGGAUAUUUUAAAGGCAUUGCAAGAAAAGAAAGAACAGGAGAGAAAGGAAAUGGAGGAAAAGGCCAAGGAGGAAGCCCUACGUAACGUGAUGGAGAUUCCAGUCCCAGAGAUGCCGAGCAAAGAUGAGGAGGAAAAGCCCGGAGUUAGACAGGACACAAAACCUGACCUCAGCUCAAUACAGAUUCCCAUCCCAGAGACACCGAGCAAGGAGGAGGUGGAAAAGCCCAGAGUGACACAGAACUCAAAACCUGACCUCAGCUCAAAGGAUAUUCCUGUCCCAGAGAUGACAAGCAAGAAUGAGGAAAAGCCCGGAGAUACACAGAGUGCAACAGCUGACCUCGGCUCAGUACAGAUUCCUGUCCCAGUGAUACAGAGCAAGAAGGAGGAAAAGCCUGGACUUACACAGAACAUAAAACCUGACCUCUGCUCGACGGAAAUACCAAGCAAAAAGGAGGACAAGCCUGGAGUUAGGCAGGACACAAUACCUGACUUAAGCUCAAUACCAGUACCCAGUCCUCAGAAGCCAGAGAAUUCAAUUAUCAGUGAGGACAAAAAUGUAGAAAGUGACAAGGGUCAAGAGACUUGUGAUGUGAACAUUAACAACAGUAAAGAAAAUUUAGAAAAUAUUGUGAUGCCAGAGUCUGGACCAACAACAUUGGAGAAAGACCAGAAAAUUCAAACUGAUUCCUGUCCAGAGACAAGGCAAGAAGAAACUGUAAAAGGACCAUCAGAACUAAGUUUAGACAAAAAUAAGACACUUGGGGCUGAAAUCAGUGCAUCAGGUACAGUUCACAAUGUACAGGAGGCUGGAGGUUCGCAAGAAAAGGAAUCUUUAGCAGAAGUUAGCAGAAAAUCACAAAAAGACAAUCAGACUUCUAUUGCUGAGGUUUCAACAAGUCACACAGCUGUGGAAGUCACCCAGAUCAUUAGUAUAUCAGAAAAUGCUGGAGACGACACAGAAAAAGAAGAUUUGAACCAAGGACCACAGACAUGUGAAUCAGAGGAUGCAGCCAAUGAUGUAGAUGAUGAUAAAACCAUAAUUGACGAUGAAGAUACAAUGGACAAUAACGAUGUCUUAGAGAUCAGUGACGAUGACACUCGGGAUGGGGAGGACAAUGAAACCACAGCUGUGUCCCAGCAGAGCCGAUGUCGGCCGAUAGAGGACGUGAUUGAAAUCAGUAUGGGCAGCCUUGGUGAUGUGGUGGAAGUGGCUGUCGGGGGCGAGACUGACCAGGAUUUGGAGGGGGAUAUAGAGUGUGAUGUGGACCAGCUCUAUGGGGUGAUAGGAGGAGAAUCAGAAAAUCUGGAUGAUGUCUUGUCUGUGGGACAGGAUCGUGGAGGGGCAGGGUGCUUCUCGGAGUUGGGGGUGAAGCCGAUGGAUGUGGAGGACACGACGGAUGGGGGAGGGAUGAAUGAUGAGGAAGUGGGGAACAUUGUGGAUGAACUGAUGCACAGCAACGGCAUAGAAAGUGGUCUGAAGGAGUGGAUGUCCAACUUUGAUCAAGAGAGUGUCCUGAGCGGGACGAUGGGCAGCGACUUUGAGAUCGUAGAUGAAUGUGAUGAGGAUACGUGAGACGAUAACUGUGGUAUAAUUGUUACAAUGUUAGCUGUUGGCAGGGACUGUGAGUUGACGAGGACACGUGUGAUGAUAACCAUGGUAUAAUUGUUAGAUGUGGUGAUGACUGUUUCAAGGGGAUGUGAAAAUUUAAUCAUGGUUUAAUUGUUAUGUUGUCAGCUGUGAAGAUGAAGAUUUCAGUGUUUGAUUUGUUAAGUCCUGUGUUGUUAUGAUGUGAAGUAAGAGAAAGCCAUGCGAGGAUUACUCUAGUUGUCAGGCUGUAAGCUGUGAAGAUGAAUACAUGUGUUGAGUCGCAAGUUCUUAAAAGACAAAUCAUGUCUAUUUAGUUUAGAACUGUGAAGUUUUUAUAAACUAUUCAAUGAACUUGAAGUAUGGACAUUUUUUUAUCGGUGCUUCAUAAAAAUCUAUUGAUGGCAAUUGUGAUUAAAAAAUCUGAAAUCACGAAUGCCAUUUUUUACAUUGACUCAUCAUUUUCAUUACUUCAUUUUGCAUGUUACACCAGAAAUCCAUGAUACAUGUAAUAAUUGUCAUUGUUUUGUAUUAA